UUGUUUUGGGCAAAGUGAUACUCCUCAGUUGUGACUCUUCUGUGUACAGGUGACUCCAGGUCAAAUUGUUACAGCCCUUUGCUGCCUUGGUGUGCUCUCAACCACCUCCUUCAUCAGCCCCGUGAUACCCAGGGCAGGCACCAGCCAUGCGGAUGCUGUACCUGCUUCUCCCCUUCAUUCUCCUGUUGGUCCACAGUGCUGCAGGAUCCUCCCUGGCCCCAGGAAAUAAGGAAGAAUGCAAACGAGAAAACGGCUACUGUGGGUUUCUGAAGUGCUCUUUCCCCUAUGGCAUCCAGGGAAAAUGUUCAAGGUUUUUCUAUUGCUGCAAAAAGUAA